AUGUGCCUUGAUGAACUCCAAGAAGCAUAUUCUGCCUUGUCUGAAAGGAGCCCGGUAAUCAUCCUAGGCGACUUUAAUGCAAAGAUUGCAGGCCCAAGAGCAAACGUUAACCUUGACCAAAGAGCUAGCAUGCUCGGGGAGCUCUUGUCAGAAAAUUCACUAAUCUCUAUCAACAUGCAGAGCUUCUGCACAGGCCCAGUGAAUACCUUCUAUGCAUAUACAGGAGGCCCCCAGACACCAAUUGACCACAUCGUAGUGCCAACUGAGCUUAUGUAUAUCAUCCACUCGGCAGAAGUGAUUGAUGAUAAUCCACUCAACGUUUCCGACCAUCACCCAGUUGUAUGCCUUCUUGCAAUUGACCUACCUAGUCAACCAGCUGCAAAUCCUCCUAUACGUAGACCAGCUUGGAACAAAGCCCUCCAGAACAGCUCAAUCAAGGACUACACACAUGCAGUCUCUAACUCCCUCUGGGGUAAGCAGCUGCCAGCUCUAGACUGUGACAGGGAAGAUAUUGAACACCUUACUGAUAUAAUUACUAUGGCCCUCACUAUGGCUGCGUCUGACUGUCUUCCAGUGAGACAUUUCAGGCGUUAUCUAAGACCAUACUGGAAGGAACAAGUGAAAGACUUCCACGACCUGAUGUUAUCUUACAGACACAAAUGGAUUCUAGAUGGGAGACCUAGAGGCAUGACUUACACUAGCUUCCGUGACUACAAGAAAUCCAAAGACAAAUUUCGAGCUGCUAUGAAAGAAGCUGCAGCACUUUAUGAAACAGAGCACUUCAACAAUCUUGAUAAACUAUAUGACAUUGACCAGAAAACAUUCUGGGCUCUCCUCAACAACAGAAACAAGAAAUCACACAUUUCAACCAUAAGUGUAUCAGGGAACCAUACCACAGAUUCCUUGGAAAUCUGCCAUGCACUCGCUGACCACAUGAAGACUAUAUUCAGCAAAGGGGUAGAUGAUCACUUUGACCAGAACUUUAAAGACCAUCUAGAAGGCAGAGUUGCUGAACUAAAACACUGUACCUCUAACAAGAUAAUCGACGUCAAGUGCCUUCUGACCUCUCAGUCUGAGUGGAAGAAAGGUAUCAUCAUCCCAAUCUUCAAAGGCGGAGGCAAACCAAGGACGUCCCCAGAUUCAUAUAGAGGAGUGACUUUGUUGCCUGUUAUGUCAAAACUUUUCGAACAGGUCAUAGCGAACCGGAUCCCACAAUUCCAAGACUCCACGGAUUUCCCUGAUCCUCUGCAAUGCGGCUUCCAGAAAAGCCUCUCGUCUCUUCAUGCAUCAUUCCUCCUUCAGGAGACAGUCUACCACUACAAGGAACGGAAUGACUCUCUGAAAGUGGUGUUCUUGGACAGUAGUAAAGCCUUCGACACUGUGUGGCAUGAUGGGCUACUCUGGAAGUUGAAGGAGUUGAACAUUCAUCCAGGUGUGUGGCGCAUUUUCUGCAACACAUACUCUGGAAUGGAAAGUUGUGUUCUUGCCAAUAAUACUUACUCAUCCUGGUUUAAACUCGACCGUGGGGUGAGACAAGGUAGCGUCCUUUCUGCUAAACUCUACUUGGUUUACAUCAACGAGCUUCUGACAAACCUAUCACAUCUUAAGAAGGGAGCAUUCGUACUGGAUCUCCACCUCGCUGCUCCAACUCAGGCAGAUGAUAUCUCACUGAUCAGCCCUAUCACAGCUCAUCUACAAUCUAUGGUAACAGAGUGCCAGAACUACAGUGCCAAAUGGCAGUUCACAUUCUCUCCUUCAAAAAGCAACGUAUUGGUCUUCAAUCCGCAAAAAAACCAAGUGCAAUAUCAAACUUUACGGAAAGAAGUUACCUGA